CUUUCUCCGUUCCCAGUUAGGGUCCUUUGGAGCUUCUUGUGCUCAGAAUCACCUCCCCACCCCCAUCUGCACACUCAGCCUUUCCCCGGCUAUUUAAAGUCGGUUCAGAGUCCGGGCCAUUCCUUUCCUGGCCACUUGCUGCUCUCUUGUGCUCAAGACACCUUCUGUCUUUGCCGCACCAAGCCAGCCAUGACUUCCUCCACGGCUGGACACCCCAUCUUUCUGGAAGGAGAAAACUGCAAGCCCUCCUGGAAAGAGGCGUCUGCAGGCUAUGACCAGACAGACACCCACUUGGAGAUCCUGGGGAAGCCAGUGAUGGAGCGGUGGGAAACCCCCUACAUGCAUUCCCUUGCUACCGUGGCAGCCUCCAAAGGGGGCCGUGUGCUGGAAGUGGGCUUUGGCAUGGCCAUUGCUGCCAGCAAAAUCGAGGAGUUCAACAUUGAGGAGCACUGGAUUAUCGAAUGCAAUGAGGGGGUGUUCCAGAGACUGCAGGAGUGGGCCAAAACGCAGCCACACAAGGUCGUCCCCCUGAAGGGGCUGUGGGAAGACGUCGUCCCAACCCUGCCUGAUGGACAUUUUGACGGAAUCCUCUACGACACCUACCCCCUGUCCGAGGACACCUGGCACACACACCAGUUUAGCUUCAUCAAGGGUCACGCGUAUCGCCUGCUCAAACCCAGCGGCGUCCUCACUUACUGCAACCUGACUUCUUGGGGGGAACUGCUCAAGAGCGAGUAUUCCGACAUCGAGAAGAUGUUUCAGGAAACACAAGUGGCGCAGCUGGUGGAGGCUGGCUUCAAGAAGGAGAACAUCCACACCACUGUCAUGGAUUUGGUCCCUCCGGGUGACUGCAGAUACUACUCCUUUCCCAAGAUGAUCACCCCCACCCUCAUCAAAUAAGAUCAACCUGCAACCCCAGCCCAGUCGCCCGAUUACGCUGAGACAGGAUGGAACAGAAAGUGCCCCCGAGCACAGACUGGACAGAAGAAAAGGGAAGAACCUCCCUUCAGCAUCUGGAGAAACAGAUGUUCAAGAGGAGGCACUGAGCACGGCCUACUCACUUGUCAAAGCGAGCGGAUUCAUUGCAACUGCGUUUCCCGACCUCCUCCGUCUACUAACUGGACUAGCACUGCAACUGAGUUACUGACAAAUUCUGGGGCGCAAGUUAACCUGCCCUUUGGGGAUCCUUGCCAGGUUUUGGCAGUGCAGUUGCAAGACCCAAUGGGGAAUACACUUAUUUUGACAA